GCGGGGGGGAAAUCCUUUCUCAGGGAGCCGGGCGAGGCGAAGGCGUACAGUUAACCUGCGGCUGAGGCGCACGGGGAGAGCGAGAACUUCCCUUCGCUUUCUCCUGAGCCCUCCUCUUCUAGCUGCGCUCCUCAAGAGCGGCAUCGGAGUUUUGCAGCCGCCCAGCUGUGGAAAGGUACUAGUACAGACUUACUGCAUUGCUAAACCACAAAACCAUCUUUGCAGGCUAUCCCAGAGCUGCCCUUUAUCUUCAGAUUCAUGAUGGUGGUGUUUACAUUCCUUCUUUCUGCUUUGAUGCUCACUACAGUACACUCACAGGAAACAGAAGAAACAAUCACAUACACGCAAUGUACAGAUGGCUAUGAAUGGGAUCCUGUCAUGCAGAGAUGCAAAGAUAUCGACGAAUGUGAAAUUGUGCUUGAUGCAUGUAAAGGUGGGAUGAAGUGUGUUAACCACUAUGGAGGGUACCUCUGCCUGCCCAGAACAGCUCAGAUAAUUGUAAAUAAUGGCCAACAAGAAGCUGCACCUGAUUCUACUAGCAACCGAAAUGGUAAUCCCAUCAGUCGGCGGACUCCUCCUGAUGUUCAGCCAGGUUCCAAUAUACAGUGUGCAUCAGGAUAUCAAGCGAGUGAUCAUAAUGUUUGCCAAGAUAUUGACGAAUGUACAGCAGGCACUCAUAACUGCCAUUCAGAUCAGUUAUGCCUCAAUUUAAGAGGAUCAUUUGCCUGCCAGUGUCCUCCUGGGUAUCAGAAGCGAGGGGACCAGUGUAUCGACAUAGAUGAAUGUGUACUCCCUCCAUUUUGCCACCAGAGGUGUGUGAACAUUCCUGGCUCCUAUUACUGCCAGUGUAACAGUGGUUUUCAGUUAACUGCUGACAACCAUACUUGUGCAGAUAUAAACGAAUGUGACACCGGCAACCCAUGUGCACAACUGUGCUACAAUAUCAUCGGCUCCUUCCUCUGUCAGUGCAAUCAGGGCUUUGAGUUAAGCCCUGACAGAAUCAACUGUGACGAUGUUGAUGAAUGCAGAAUGUCCACCUUUAGGUGCCAAUAUCAGUGUGUCAAUGAACCCGGGAGGUACUCCUGUGUGUGCCCAGAUGGGUACCAGUUGGUCAGAGGGAUAAAUUGUCAAGAUAUAAAUGAAUGUGAAGUGGGUAAUGAAUGCCGGGAGGAUGAAAUGUGUUGGAAUUACUAUGGUGGGUAUCGCUGUUAUCCAAGGAAUCCUUGUCAAGAGCCUUACGUCCUUGCGUCAGAAAAUCGCUGUGUCUGUCCAGUAUCCAGUGCCCUUUGUCGAGACCUGCCAUAUUCCAUUGUACACAAAUAUAUGAGCAUCCGCUCAGAUAGAUCCGUGCCAUCUGAUAUCUUCCAAAUCCAGGCAACCACCAUUUUCCCCAAUACUAUUAAUACAUUUCGGAUCAAGUCCGGAAAUGAGAAUGGAGACUUCUUUUUGAGACAAACAAGCCCAGUGAGUGCAAUGCUUGUAUUGGUAAAGCCAUUAUCAGGACCGCGAGAACAUAUCAUCGACCUGGAGAUGCUGACAGUCAACAAUAUGAAUUAUCGGUCAAGUUCAGUCUUGAGGUUAACGCUAAUUGUAGGACCAUAUUCGUUUUAGGCACUGCAACUCAGUCCUUCGCCCACACCCAGAGCAGCCAAAGAAUUAUCCUCUUAAAAUGAAGCACUUAUGACUUUAUUUAUAGAUUUUAUGUUUGUUUUGGGGGGGGUUUAAGGAAAAAACUUUAUUAAGGAAAUCAGUACUUGUAAUCAUGCUUUUGCUCGUAUAGUUUAGAAGUAGUAUAUGUGUUUCAUAAUAUAACCUGGGCAUUGCCACUUUUUUGUAUAAAGAUUGCAUUUCCUCCUCCCUGUAUAAUGAUACCUAUAUCAGGCACCUACCUGUAACAAAAUAUCUUUGCUUCUAUGAUUUUAUAAUAUGUGAUCCUUUUCCUAGAAUAGUAGGUUAUUACUGUCAAAAAGAGAGCUUCUGUGAUUUUAAAAAAACUUUUUAAAAACUAGUACUCUUCCACUGUAAGAUUCAGGGUGUUAGAUUUGUUCUAAAUACAACACUGCCUUUCUAAUGAACAUGAGAGCCUACCUGUAAGGGCGGCUUCAUUUAUUUCAAAAGAGGAAGCUGGUCCGUGUGUCCAUUCUUUGGCUGCACCGUGGAACCAUACAAGACAUUCACACAUACACUGAAAUGCCCUGAGGAUUGAGGGACAUGAAUAAGUCCUACAGAGAUGGAAAUCAAAGGGGAUUAAAAUGUGCUUUAUUAUUGGCUUCAUCAGGUUUCUAGAUUUCCUGCCUCCCUUUCCCCCCUCUAUAUAACUAUAUGGAGUCAUGGUGAUUUUUAGUGGCUGAUAUCCCCAGGAGUCACCAGAAGUAAAUUUAGCAAGCCCGCACACCAUUGUUCUUUCCAAGAGAACCUUCCAUGGUUCAGGGUCAGGUGGGUAGCCGUGUUGGCCUGCAGUCGAAGAGCAAGAUUCAAGUCCAGUAGCUCCUUAAAGACCUAACAAAAAUCCCAGGGUAUAAGCAGUCAAGAGUGAAAGCUCCCUUGAUUAGAGAGCUCUGACCCCCCAAAGCUUAUACCCUGGAAAUCUUGCUGGUGUUUAAUGUGCUUUUGGACUCGAAUCUUGAUCCCAUAGUUCAGUGGCACAAGGUCCCAGGUUUAGUUGAGUUUUAAAGGGAUUUCAGAAAUCAGAAUUGGGAAGAGCCCUGCCAUAAUACUAGGCUAGGUGGAUCAGUGGUCUGACUCAAUAUGGCAACUUAAUAUUUUCAUUUAUGGCGGAACAUAUAUUCACCAUUCACUGUUGGGGUGGGGAGCCAAGCACUGCACAUGAGGGGAUGGGGAGGGCAAACUGUACUCCUGAAGCCGGGGGGGGAGGAGGAUUCUCAGGGCAGUGCUCCCCUCCAGCCACCCUUGCAAUAUAUAAUCCCUCCUUACAUACCUCUCCACCCUGCCCGCUUGCCUCACUGAAGGGCAUUUUGCUCAUAUGCAGGGGUCAUUUGGGGGGGGACGCGGGGGGACGCCAUCCC